CAACAGGCUAAUCGAGCCUGAUUCACUUUUCCAAAACUUUUUUUGUUUUCUUGUUCUCAAAUCAAAUACUUUUGAAAAUGGCGGUUGUUGAUGAAAAAACGAACAAUUUCAGCGACAACAGUAGCCAGCACAAUGAUACUUCGUCUUUCUUACGCCACAAAGAGUUCAUUUCCUCAAAAACGGUAGCGGACAUUCUCAAGGAUGUGAAGCCGCCUCAAGCAGACGCUUUAUUUGAUAUGAUUGAUACCAAUACCAUUGAAGAGGCUUUUGAUCUCAUGUUGGCACAAGAUAUUUUAUCCAUUCCUAUCUAUCGAAUGGAUAAUGGUGAAAAGCAGUAUAUCACGAUUGUUAGCGUCUGGGAUCUGUUAAUUUUACUAGCCAACCAGGCACCCCUGCGGUCUGUCCUGGAUCACAAAGACAUCCUGUUGAAACCGCUGAAAGAAGCUGUUGGCGUUACAAAAGAAAGCUCGCGUCUAGUCAUUGUUCAACCCACCGACUCUCUGCAACACUUGAUCUCGCUUUUGAGUGCGCCGGAUACACAUCGCGUCCUCGUUCAGAGACAGGACGACGUCCCCAUUUUAUUAUCGCAGAUGGACCUUAUCAACUACUUGCAACACCACAACCACCAAUUGGGAGAUAUCAUCAAUAUUUCAGUUGAAAAAAUUCUGGACAUGUCAUUACAACGACGUCAUGGCCGCCGCGUCCCUCUGAAAAGGAUGAUGGUCAGCUCCGUUGCCAUCGACGGUUUCCAAACGUUGGCGGAAGACGGCCAUAUCACUGCCUUGCCUAUCAUUGAUCCGCAAGGAAGUCUGAUUGCUGAACUUUGCCCUCAAAAUCUUCGUGGGCUCAAUCGCGACCGUCUGGAGACUCUGAAAAAGCCGGUGCUCAUGUUUUUGAAGGAUAGCCAAGGCGACCUAUAUCCGCCUUUGACGUGCCAUGACCAAUUCACUUUGUCACAGAUCAUGUCAUCAUUUGUUCUGAAUCAUGCCUACAGGAUUUGGUGGUGCGAUGUGGAUGAGCAAAUCAAGGGCGUUAUAACACGUAGCGACAUCAUCGGGGCGUUUGCUGCGUAAUUCAAUAACAGAAAAGAAAAACGGCUCGAUAUAGAGCCAGUAUAAAAACAUAUAUAUCCACUGUCUAUGCACCAUGUUUUGCCACUGCUCUGUAUAUUUUUGAUAGUGAUAUAUUGACCCGAAAACAGGUUCACUGUGAAAUGAUCGAUCUGUCAUACAGUGUAGGAA